AUGUUUAAAAAAUGGGAUGAAUUAAAAUAUUUGUGGCGGUUAUCGAAAAUUGACCUCUUAAUAUGGGUGAUCGCGUUCACGUCUACUGUAUUUAUUGGUGUGAUUUAUGGUCUGGCGAUAUCGAUGGCUUUUGCCUUAGUGAGCGUCGUUGUCAGAACGUAUAUGCCGUCAAGGUUUGAUAGCACUGUGAACGAUAAUCGUGCUGUGAUCAAAACAGUAGAAUUGGAUUGCUCUCAGAAAGAUACUUCUUGGCAUACAGCUUCUGAUACGAUAUACUAUCGCUUUUCGUUUGCACUGUCGUUCGCAACUGUGGACAAAUUCAAAGAUUCUUUCCAGAAAACUUACGUUCAGUGGUCAGAAUUACGAGCGACCAGGGUCGAUAGUGUGGAACAACUGGAUAGUAUUUAUUUGGUGUUUGAUUUUGAGGCGAUGAAAUUCAUUGAUACAUCAGGGAUCAGUUCCAUUAAAGAGGUGAUUUAA